AUGGAUCCUCUCGAGUUUACGCCGUGGCAUCAGCUGGCGCCGCGGGCCAUCGCCGGAGACGUCAGGGACACAUUCUCCAGCUGGGACAAGUGCAUGGCCAAAAACUACUGCAAAUGGCCUGCUAUCGUUGGAAUCGCCGUCGGCGGCAUCAUCCUGCUCAGCGUCAUCUGGUGUCUGGUCGGCUGUCUCUGCUGCGGCUAUACGUGCUGCAAGGGAUGCUGCGAAUGCUGCUCGUGCUGCUGCCCUUCGUCCUCUCGCAAGGCUGGACCCUCGUCUUCCUACACGGGUCGAUCCAAGUUCGCGGACGAGACUCCUUACUCUGGCUACCAGCGUCCUGCACCGCCCGUCUACCAGCAACCGGUCAACACGGCCGCAACGACACCCAGUUAUGCGCAGUUUGACACCCCGGGCUCCCGUCAGGGGCCCACAGGCGGCAGGGUCAACGACGACGCCCUGCCAAACAUGCCUACCUGGCAGGAUUCCACCACCAGAAGAGUGGAAGACACCUCCCGUCGAGACGAUGAGAUGGAAAUGACCCAUCUCAACCCCGUGACCGGUCACAGCGUCGUGGACGACGGAGCAGGCGGAGCAGGAUACUACCAUCAUGUUUCAUCGCAGCCUCCCUCGCCUCUCUACGGAGACCGUGCCAGCCAUCAAAGCUCAGCUCACAUGACGGGGGCGGGAUACAGAGGAACGGACCCGAUCAGUCCCACCCACGCCAGUGCCAUUGGAAUAGCACACUCGCCGGGCUACGGACAGGCACCGUCAAACACCUACCUGGACUCGCAGCAGACCACGGGCCAGGUCUACUCCCCUCCCAGGUACCAGACUCAGUCUCCUUCCACCAUCCGCGGGCCUUCAGCAGGCGAUCCGUACGGAUACGCAGAGACAAGGAGCUUCACUCGCUCUCCAGUACAGAGAACACGAGCUACCCCUUCGCCCAGACCACCGCUCUCCCCCAUACAGCCAUACAGUCCCGAACGUGCUGGCCUGCCAUACCCCAGUCGGCCAUACUCGCCUGUUCAGACGCCGCAGCAGCCGCAGAGGACGUAUACUCCCUACUCACCCUCUACUUCGACACCGCCACCGCCCUGGUCGUCCACAGAUCAGCCACGGGAUGCAGAGGGCCAGUCUCAGCCGCAGCGAGCACCCAGCCUAUUGAUGGCAGGCAGGAAACCAGUGGAAAACUCAUGGAGAGAUGUGUAG